GCGGUGGACACACCCCCCUGAGUGACUCCGUGGCGUGAAAAGACAGGACGAAGCUGUUGCGACUAGUUUAACUCGAACACCGAGGACAGUGAGCAAAGUCACACUCCCACUCCACCAAUAUGGGGGCUUUAAUCUCAAAAUGGAGGGCCAAACCGUCCACCGUGGAGACUUUGGAACGACUUGAAAAAGAUAUCCAGACUCUUGAAGACUAUAGUGUGAGGUAUCAAAGACAGCUGAAGAUAUGGGUCGGACGGCUGCUUCUCUACUCGUCUCUGCUCUACUUGAUCACCUGCAUAGUUGUGUAUUUCUGGUACCUGCCUGAACAGAUGAUGGGACGGUUCAUACUGUCUCUUCCGUUUGUGAUUUUUCCAUUUUUAGUGUGGUUACUGCGAAAAAUGCUUGUAUAUAUUUUUUCACGAAGAACUGAAAAAAAUAAUGAAACGUUGGAAGAUCUGAAAGCACAAAAAAGGGAAAUACUUGAGGAAGUUAUGGAAACGGAGACGUAUAAAAAUGCCAAAAUGAUUCUGGAAAGAUUUGAUCUAGGUUCCAAAAAAAAUAUUGAACUUGAAUCCACUCCAGUUGGACCCCAGAAAUCUCCCACACCUGGACAAGAGCUCCGCCAGCGCCAUGUCAUGCCAAAGAGCCCAGUGGUGAUGUUGAAUCCUGAAAGCGGUUCUGCUGCCCGUCCGCCUCUUGCCUCUGGGCCCAGCUAUCCUGGACGAUCUUCCCGUUCUGCUCCCGGCGGACCCCCAGAGAGGAGCCUGUCAGCAGUAGCUGCUCAGCAGAGCUUGAUGAGGAAGCCCAUGACCCCGAGAACACCUGUUCCAGGAGUCGGCAUGCACCCACCAGGCCCACCUCUGGUCAGACCUGUGCUCCCAAGGGAAAGGAGUGCAAUGGACAGAGUUAUUGAGUAUCUUGUUGGAGAUGGUCCCCAGAACAGAUACGCUCUCAUAUGUCAGCAGUGUCUUUCUCAUAACGGCAUGGCAUUAAAAGAAGAAUUUGAAUACAUCGCCUUCCGAUGUGCGUAUUGUUACUGCUUGAACCCCGCGAGAAAGACCAGGCCCCAGGCGCCCAGACUCCCUGAGGCCAAUGAAAUGAAGAUGCCAUCUGAGGUUCCCCUACCUUCAUCUCCUAAUGUUGGUGAAGACCAGUGUGUUUCAGGAAAAACCAAGCUUGCUGAUGUCCCACUUGGAACAGAUGCGCACGAGUCGGAUGCAGUGACAACCACAGAGCCCAGUUCUGCAUCAGAUUGCCAAAACUCCCCCGAAUCACAAAACCUACCCUCAGAGAAAUCUGAUGAAGAGCAAGAUAUUUCAGCCAUGGAAGUGGACUAAACCAGCAGAAUGGGGUUUUAAUACAAGUCAAGCUGGAACAUUUAGUUUUUCUUGGAGACGAAAACAAAACAUCUGGUUAGUUUACAGAUGCACAUCCUGGGUUACACAAGCACAAUCCAGCUGAGUUGUUUUUUUUUCUUGUAAAAAUCACUUUUAAACAGCUAGCAUUAAUGAUGAAUUGUAUGCUAAAUUGCGUAACACCAGCCUUACCUGUCAGGAUUUUACACCAGAA